UGUCCAAGCCCUAAUAAAAAGAACCUUCGUUUGCUGAAAAACAACAAUAAGCUCUGUAAAGAAUCGUAGGACCGAGGAAGCUGUUCCUCGCACUUCUCAUCCCUGUUUGUUUGUGUAUUCUCGAAACACACGCAUAUAACUCGAUGCAACCUUGGUGUUAUGUACCGCGCCUUACAUCACAACGAUUGUCUUGUGGAUGGCAGCGCUCCUUGUCGACAGCCUCAAAGGGAAUCGCGAUCACGAUCGCAUCCCAGCCUCCCUCACCACACUUAUCAAAUCCUGUCUCCCUGAUCUCAUUGUUUCCCAAAGUGGCUGUGCGACACUUUAGCACGCAGCUCGAACAAUCGCUCAGCAGGCUCACUAUCAAGGAUCUGUCGUCGCUAUUGAACGCGAUGGGUCUGCAGCUUUCGGGAACGAAACCAGUUCUCAAAAACCGACUUUUGACACACAUGGGUGCGAUCCUGCACAAGGUCGAGCGCUUGGAGCCCGAAUUUUCUCGCCAUGGGACCAUAUUUGAGGCCUCUAGCAACCCUUGCACCUUGCCAUCCUGCCAAGAGCAGCGGUUGGAGCGGAAGGUAGACGGGGAAACAUUGGAGAGGAUCCAGCAGCGUGUGUUGCCUCGAUCCAUCGUGUCGAUCGAUGUUGGGAUCCGCAACCUCGCUUGGGUCGAGCUCUCGAGGGACGGAGAAAUUCUGCGCUGGUCAGUUGAGGAUCUCCUUGGCCCAAUUGAUGAAAACCACCAUGAUCACCGCGACGAGACCGAGGAUUGCGACGGGUCAUUAAAAGUAUCUGCCCAAGGUGAGCAAGCUUCUGGUGAUAAUGCCCCGCCUAUUAAAACGAUAAAGGCUACAAGAGGCAAGGGCGCCAAAGUCAAGGUGAAAGCGCCUGCACUGCCGUUCGAUUCCAGAUCGGUAGCGCUGAGGUUGGAUAAGGUGAUGCACAAGAUUGUGGACAGUGAAGCGUUGGAAGGAGUGAUCGUGGAGCAGCAGCGGUUUCGGACAGCAGGGAUGCACUCGGUCCUGGAUGCGACUUUCAGGUGUGGAGUGCUCGAAGGUAUGAUCCAUGUAUGGCUUGCGGUGUGGCAGCAAGCGCUCAAGAAGCGGCAGCAACAACAAGAAAAGAUUGCCGAAAUGACUGCCGGCGCUGCUGGCAAAGAACAGGACCAGACCAAGGAUGUGAAGGAGAAUGAGGAUGUUGUCUUUGUAGAAUCCGUAUCGCCAAGAGCCGUGGCCAGUUGGUGGGGGAUCGGUGCAGCGGCCAAGACGCAGACUAUAACGAAAAGUAACAGCGACGCAUUGGAUGCAUCGAAUACAUCAGAAGUGAAUGAUGCAGGCGGAAGAGCAAGCAAGACGCGCGGGUACCAUACCAAAAAGGGGCAAUCCAGAAACAUGGUCGACCAGUGGAUACGCAACAGCGAUAACGAUCUAAUUACCCCAAUGGGCGAGGGGGAUAGAAUCGGAGCUAGAUUUCGGCUGCGGUGCCGCACGGAAGUCAGGGAUUGGUAUGGUCAAGAGAAGAAACGGGAUGAUCUCAGCGACUGUCUGCUGCAGGCGAUCUCGUGGUACGAAUGGAGGGGACGGGCUAUCGAGGAGGCGGUAGAGCGUUCGCGAGGUGGACAGAAGGGUAUUUAGAGGAUAAAGAGGGCGGGCACAUAGAAAGGAUAGACAUGAGGUUGAGCGGGAUGAGUGCGCAAUCGAAGGCAACACGCAGCGGUCGAUAGCGAUAUUAUUAUUGGAUUUAUUGCAGACUAGUUUUAUUUUUUUGCUUCAACAUAAGCCAGGAUUCAUUGCGAGCGCCGAGCAAUUCAGGACUACAGACAUGAACGCCAACACAUCUAUACUUAAUUGUCAAUAGCACUUUCUAAAAAGAAUGACUAUUUUCUUUGGCAUGAGUAGACAUGCAGUAUCUGAGACUCCGUAAACUCGUGGACUCUGAAGAGCGACCGAGCGAGUUAGCGAGGCAGCACAGCAAAAAAUAUUAGUCGGCACAAGGAAACGAAAAUUACCUACUACUUGAACAUUAGCAGCUCUCUUUAGGUUGCAGCGUGGCAACAAAUUGUCGACGGGCGAUUACAUAAUACACAUCAUUGGCUUCUGGAUGAUGAUUUACUAUUUAUGAUAACAUCAUUAU